UUUUCUCUGCUCGGUGGUUCCUUAUCAAUUGUCUUGUAAACAAGCUUUAAAGUAAACCGAACAUAUUUAGAUUAGAAAGUGGGGUUUUAAAAAUACAUUAUUGUUGAUUAUUAUUGUAAAUGUCACUGCUGGUUAAUGGAGCACUGGUAAGGAAAUUUUCACCUAAAUCUAGCAAAGGGUCAUGCUGUCUGCCACACUGCAAAAAUGUUCAGGGUUGGUUUGAUCAGGGUGUUGAUUUGGCCUUCAAAUUGCCCAGAUCUCAGUUUGAUUGAGUAUCUGUGGGAUGUGCAUGGAGCAACAAGAUCCAUGGAGGUCCCACUUCACAAUUUACAGGACUUAACAGAUCUGCUGCUAAUGUCUUGGUGUCAGAUUCCAGAGCACAGCUUUAGAUGCAUUGUGGAGUGGUACAGACAGAGAGACAGACGGACAGACAGACGGACAGACAGACAGAUAGAUAGAGCUAUACAUAUAAUUGAGAGAUAUAACUAUAGAUAUAAAGAUACAUGUAUAAGGUAUAUAUUAGAUAUAUGAUAGAUUAGCGUACAUGGGACAAAAGAUUUUGCAGUUCGAUCUUUCACACUACAUGGAUUCCAGAGAUGCGCUCUUGCUCUUUCAGCCUCAAGAGAAAGAGAAAAGAAGAGGAGUUAAGCCGAGUACUUGACUCCAUUUAAAUGUAAUACCAGGACUAUAAUCUACAUCUCUAAUGCCACCAUCUAAUGAGCUUCAUGUGACUAUUUGCCCAAAAGGGAAACGCCCUAAGCCUAUUUGUAUUGGCCCAGACAAGUAUAAAUGCCAGUUCUGCAGCAGGAUGGGGGAGUACGCUGCACUUGUGGCUCACAUACAAACUCAUGAGAAAACAGCGAUUGAAUUUCAAGAGAAAAAGAUCUACAAAUGCAACCUAGGAUGCAGUAAAAGCAGCCACUACCAUUGUUGCUGCUGCAAGAGGACUAUAAUCUCACGAAAUUACUUUACAGAACAUAUACACAAGUGCGCAUUAUCUUUAAACAUGCAGCUGCAUGCACCGUGUAGUACUUCACUGGUCCCCAGCACUUUAACUGCAUCCUCUAAUGGAUGUACCUCACCGAUCAACACCUCAGUCCCUAUAUGCAGUGACAUUAAUAGUUCGGACCCCCAGUGCAGCGAAGACGAUGCCACAGAGAGAGUGAACGUCCUUGAUAUUAAAGUCAAGUCUCCCAGUCCGCCAUCUUCACCUACUUCUUUGACUGCCCCAGUUCCACCCUUUAACAGCCAGGAUAUUCUUAUGUCUGUGAACCCAAUGCACAAUAUCUGCACUGGGAGCCUCAAUGUACUGACAUCAAGACCCAAACGAAUCACAUGUUGCUUCUGCAAUUUAAUUCUGAAUAAGAAAAACAUCAAAGUACACAUUCAAAGACGGCACAUGUCGGAUAAUCCAGACUUACUGCAAACGAACGGACUAAACCAUACACCUAUUGUCUCUGGGUUAGUGUUCUCCAUCUUCUGGACUUUAUAAGUACAUUCAUUUUGUUUGUCUUUUUUGUUAUGUUAAUUUUUUUUAAUCCAAAAUUACAUUCAGCUCGUUGAGUCUGUCUCAUCAACCAGCGAAACUCCAUAAUGACCAAAGUAAAAUGAAGGACAGAAAUAUCACAUUUACUAAGCAGUUUAACAGCCAGGAUAUUCUUAUUUCUGUGAACCCCAUGCACAAUAUAUGCACUGGGAGCCUCCUGGGAGUUAGUAUUCCUGGGCUAUUCCUCACACACGGUUGGGAAGUCGUGGCCUAAUGGUUAGAGAGUUUCACUCCUAAGGUUGGGGGUUUGAGUCUCGGGCUGGCCACGACUGAGGUGCCCUUAAGCCUCACAAGUCCCUGUUGCUUCUGAAAAACCUUUCUAUAGCACGAUGAAGCCACCACCACCAGGCCAAAGGUUCCAAUCCUGGUUUAAUCAUACUAUAGAUUCUUGUAUUGUUUUUUUCAGACUGAAAGUAAGCAGUCACAUGUCAUUUUUGUGUGUUUUUCCAUCUGUCUCCUCUCUACCAUAGAGACUUAAUAGGUGGGAUGAUGCAACAUUGGUUCUUCUUACAUCAUCUCCACUUUCCUCCUUUUGCUCUAUCAAAAUGGCCCUUAGGUUCUUGGUCACCUACCUGAUUAAGGACAUUUCUCACUGUGUGCUCAGUUUUGCAUCCAACUCAAGAAAAAGUAUUGGGGGUUUAAGAAUGAUGUUAAGAAUUAUUGUUUAGGGCCUCCAAGCUUCAGUCUUUCUGUAUCAUUUUCCCUGAGGUGUACAGUAACCUCACUCAGUCCUGUCAUGGAAGUCUACAAACAAUUACUUUGGCCUGUUUAGUGGCAAUCUCAAUUCAACUAAUUUCUGUAAAUCAGAGCUCGGUGUGUCGAUCACAAGGAUGGGCAACACGGUAUAGAUUUCCAGAUCAUGUACAAUUAAUAUUGACCACCUCCUUGUGGUGUUUUGCUUUGAUGAAUAUAAAAAACAAUUUGUCCAAUUUAGAUUGAGGCUGUAAAAACGUGGUAUGGUCUAAAUAGUUUCUGUGUAUACAGUACUGUGCAAAGUCAAAGUAAGGAUGUCCUAAUAAUUAUAAAAGUAAAGUAAAAUAACAACUGAGCAGUAAAAGGGAAAACAGUUUCAGGCUUCUUGGAGAACUCGGUACAGUUCGAUUUGCAGAUGUUGCUUUUAAUGUGAAAAAACAUUUCUCUGUAAGUUUGAAUUUUACUUUGAUUAAAAGUUCGUGUUUAGUCUUAA